AUGAUGAAUCAGCUUUACAAUGGUAUACGGACAUCAAAUGCUGAAGUCGUCAAUAAGCAAGAUGUGAAAAUCGACAAGUUGACUAAUAGUGUUCAGCAUAAUUCGACCAUAUUGGACCACGUUCUGGAGGCAUUGGAUAUUCAAUCAGUUAAGAACAAGGGCAAACAGCGGCAGGAGGAGAUGGAUAUUGACGAAGAGGCGCGUCGUCAGGGUGACAGUGGCACCGCAACGAACGCAGAAAACAAAUCGGAUGGCAAUCAUGUUGAUGCUGAGGAUUCAGGAGAUUUGACCCAGGAAACUCCUUUCAGCUACACCACGAAAAAGAAAGCAAGUCCUCAUUCAGGAGCCGUAAAGCACCGACCACAGCAAGAGCUCAAAAACAAGGAGACCAUUCGUCAAUGGUUUAACGAAGUGAUGGAGGGGAAAGACCUCUACAAAAAUAAGGUUUCCGAUGAGGAAGCCAAGCAAUUUGCUGAAAAAUUCAAGACGGAUCCACUCGCACGCCUGUGCACUGUUGACAAUUUUCGAUAUUGGAUCGCAGGUGUUCCUAAAUCAGCAUGGAACAAAGGCGCAUCAUAUGUUUUCAUGGAUAUCCUCGUGAAGAAGAAGCUAAUCACCAUACCCAACAUUAAAGCUUGCAAUACCUUGCGUGAGGCUUUCUUCAUACGAUUAAAAACACUCCGUGGAAUCUGGUUGGAGAAACAGAAAAUGGCAGAGGAUAAGAAGUUGCCACAUGCCAUAUUUGCAAAGAGAUGGCAAAGGAAAAGCACUUUGUUCCAACAACGAAGGAAUGUGAUACUUGCAGUUCCAGCGCUCGAACCCUAUCUCAAAGACUUCGAUGAGCUAGGGGUUGCAGGGAUGUCUUCCAACAAAGAGCAACCUGACAUGGAUGAAGCAAGUAUGUGCUACAACAUCAAGGAGCCGUGCUGGCAAAGUCAACAGCUCAAGAAUUGGGUCAGGCUUUUGGAUUAUUGUCAUCUUGAGGGUCGGAUCUCUCUUGAAGGACCUCAGUUCGGUUUCACGCGAGGCGCUGCACCCCGUUUCCGUGUGGAUAAUAAUGACAAGAGUUUGAAGAGCAGAUAUGUUGUUGGGCUACCUGCUAACUUCUACGAUGCGGAAUGGCUCGAGAAGCAGGAGCCUGGCUGGGCAAAAGGUGGGACGGGAUUUGUCAAUGAGAUGGUCCGUCCUAGUGCACCUAAGAAAUUAGUUUUCCCUGCGGAUCUUGCUAGUUCGAGAGAGGGAAAGAUCAUCGAUAAUCAAAGACGUUGGCAAGCUUACUGA